AUGUGCAUCGCUCACUUUUUUAUGGUGCUGGAUGUUGGAUAUCGUUUGCGAAUGGGUGAAGCUAAUUGGAGACAUCCUAUGGUGCUGUCUGGCAUCGCCUUCUCGGCAUGUACAAGUACUCUGUUAAUCGCCGAGAUUAUCAUUUUAGCAAUUAAUUCAAGUGGUAUGGAAGAGUAUCCACUCAAAGGUGCAUUCAUCGCUGGUGUGAUUUGCGCCAUCAUUGCUGGUUCAUGUGUGUUUACAUACACAUUUAUGCCUUUGCUGUAUUGGAGGGAAAAGAGAUUAAACGAAGGCCACUCAAGAACUACGGCAUUAGGGGUUUGGUUCUUUUUUAUUCAAAACUUGUGGUAUUGCAUAUACGGUGUCCUCUACGUCUGGUUUUUUAUCAUGAACUCCUGGAGCUACUUUAGUACACUCCUGGCAAUAGACUACGCGCUUCGUUUCGUCCAAAAUCUGCUGUACACCUGGCCUCCACCGAAGAUUGUCAUUGACUACUUGUCUUCAAAGUUACCCAACACUUCAAUCAACUUAUCAACACGAAAGUCCGGGAACAAUGUCAUGUCAUCAGAACAAUACAAUGUAGAGGAAAAUAUUGAAUACGAUAACGGCAAAAAUUUGACUGACACUGACAAUAGAGCGCCUUCCGAACAUACGAUACAUAGCUCUUAUGGAAGUAAAGUAACCAUAGUUACAAGAUAG